CAGCUUUCCGCCCGUGGCAUUGCAGUGACGCGAGCUCUUGCAGCCUUGCGGAUCAAGCGCUCGAGCCAACCAACCUUCUGGAGCUUCCCGCUUCCUGCCUGCGACUUGCACUUGCAUCCCAACUAUCAGACCGGACAGGCCGUCUCAGCUCCGCGAACCGACCGGGCCCAGAGUAACCUCAUCUCCAGCAAUACUUUUCUAGUCAUCCCCUGCCGACGAAGAGAAACAGAGGUUUUCGGAAUCGAGAAUCGCCCUCCGUCGGAGACGCCUUCCCCGUCCGGCAAACACAGUCCCACGUCCCACAUCCCACUUUCCACUUUCCGCCUCCCACAACCGCACAACUUUUGGAACACCAUGGGUUCAGAUCCGCAAUACGCCAAAUGGCCUCUGCUGCCACUGGCUCAGGAUGUCUUUACCAUCACCAACCCAUACGCCACCAAGGCGGCACAACAGGCGGCCGCCCAGCACCUCCAGGAUGCCAUUUCGGAGCACAAGAUGGCCCCGUUUUACCGCUACCUGGCACAUCCGAUAGACGGCAUCCUCAAUGCGGUAGGCGAGAGCGGUGCGAGCGCCCCGGGCAAGCCGACUAGCAGAAAAAGCAGCCUUGUGGGGAUGAUCGCGACCAGGAACCCAGCCGCGAGCAUAAACCUGCCGUGGGACGAGGCCCUGUACCAGUCGCUGAAGGCUGAGAAUGACAAGGAGCUGGAGCAGCUUCAGAAAGAAGAGGACGAGGCCGCCGAGCAAGCCGGCGAGACGGAGAUUCAGGCCGCGCGGGGUAAGAGGGCCGAGUUCUGGGCCAAGGUCGGCGACAAGGAAAAAGCCAUUGCAGCAUACGAAGACGUCCUCGAGAAGACGGGUAUCCUCGGUACCAAGAUCGACCUGGUCCUCGCUAUCAUCCGCAUGGGUCUCUUCUACGGCGACAAGCACCUCGUCAAGAAGCAGGUUGAGCGGGCCAAGACUCUAGUCGAGAGCGGCGGCGACUGGGACCGCCGCAACCGGCUCAAAGCCUACGAGGGCCUACACCUGCUGACCGUCCGCAGCUACAAUCUCGCAGCUCCGCUGCUCCUCGACAGCCUGUCCACUUUCACCUCGUACGAGCUCUGCACUUACAGCAACCUCGUCGUCUAUGCGGUACUCGCGGGGUCCGUCUCGCUCAAGCGCGUCGACUUCAAGUCCAAGGUGGUUGACGCGCCGGAAAUCAAGGCCAUCCUUGGCGACGGCGAGGACAAGCUCCUCGCCCUCUCGGGCGCCAUCUCCGCCGGGCCGGGUGCCGACGCCGAGAUGCAAGACGCCAGCACGGCGCCGUCAGCCGGCCGAGUCACGGCCGUCAAUCUGACCACCUUGGGCAGCAGCACCGACCAGCCCGAGGCGGAGGUGGCGGUGGACUUCAGCCCGCUCGCGCAGCUGGUCAGCAGCCUGUACAACGGGCGGUACAAGCUCUUCUUCCAGGCGCUGGCGCUCGUCGAGGAGCAGUUCCUCACGCAGGACCGCUACCUGCACGAGCACAAGGGUUGGUUCAUCCGCGAGAUGCGCCUGCGCGCCUACCAGCAGCUGCUGCAGAGCUACCGCGUCGUGGGGCUCGACAGCAUGGCCAACGACUUUGGCGUGACGGUGGACUUUUUGGACCGCGAUCUCGCCAAGUUCAUCGCCGCCGGCCGCAUCCCCUGCACCAUUGACCGCGUCGCCGGAAACGGUGUCAUUGAGACCAACCGACCCGACGACAAGAACAAGCAGUACCAGGAGGUGGUGCGCCAGGGCGACCAGUUGAUUACCAAACUGCAAAAGUACGGCCAAGCUGUCCGGUUGCGGGGAAGCGAGAGGGCGUAGGAGUGUAGCGCGAGGGGAGAGAGAACCGGAAAGGAUGUUGGGGAUUUACAGGGCGGAGUAUCAGGGGGGCAGUGCUCCCUUAGACAUCUGUCGAUCGUAGACGAGCAUAAUGGCUUAAACGGUGAAGGGACCAUCUGGUCCGCCAAUUCUGACGAGCAAAGAGUGUUCCGACCAAGUGUUCAAUUGUUGAGUGUGAGCAAAAACGAACUUACCCUACGUCUUGGCCGUUCUCUGAACACUCUCCUCCGUUCCAGGAGACUGAAUUCAAAC